AUGAAGUCCAUCUUCUUCAGCCUUUCUCUGCUCCUCCUUCUGGAGAAGAAAGCAGCCGGGAUAGAACUCUAUGGUGGGACCAAAGGACACUUCCUAGUAAAAACAUCCCCACUCAUAUUUAUUGGGAAAAGUCCAUUUCUCUACGGGCACAAAGAAGAACAGGAAGAGGCACCUGAAGAGAGCAUCUUUGUGCAAACUAAGCAGCACACAUAUGGCCAGGAUGCUGCUGCUGCUGCCAUGGGAGAGGCUCCCAGCUCCCAGGAACAGACAGGCUUAAAGGAAGACAUACUUUGUGAUGAAGAAGAUGAGCUUGCCCAACAACAAUCCCAGCUGCAAUCCCAGUCACAGAUAAAAUCCCAAACCCAAGUAAAAUCCCAUGCAGCCCAACUCAAGUCCCAAACAGGCCAGCUAAAGACCAUAGGGCAGGUGAAAUCACAAGUCAAGCUGAAAUCCCACGGAACCCCUCUGAAGUCCUACAAAGCAAGAUUAAAUCUCCGGGAAGACAUUCCUCAGCAAAUCAAGGGCAAAGGCUAUGUCCUGGAUGAAGACCUGGCCCAAGUGCGCCAACAGCGUGCAAAGGUUCACAGGCUCAAAAGAAAGCUCGGCCGGUCCAGGAAAAUGGCAGCAUCCUUACCACAGUUCAGAUACCGCUCCCAGCCCAAUCAUGGCUACUUUCUGCAAUAUCAAGAGCAGAUGCAGGGCAGUGUUCAUCACACAAAAUCUUUCCACCAAAGCCCUGGGAUGUGCUACUGUCCAAAAGGAGGGUUAGUGCUAUACCAAGACGCCUUCACUGGGAGUCACCUGACCUGUGUGGACUGUGAUGUCCUGAAGAUGCUGACCACCCUGUAG